AUGAAUUUUUAAGGCAACAAUCCUGAUUCAUUUAAUCAGUAGCAGUUCUCUUCAGGGGGAACUCGUCAGGCCUAAAGAUCAAGCCAGUUGAAGAUAAGCAGAAACGUCAAGCCACAGAAUAGCAGCAGUCCGACUGCAAUUCAGAGGAAAAAUAUGAUGUACUAAGCUCAAAACCAGCAAAUGCAAUAGCCUAGUGCUUAAUAGUUCAAUUUACCUGCAGUUAAUCAAAGUAACAUGAGUGAAUAGAACUCUAGUGGGUAUGCUGGAAUGAUUAACAUCAAUCAGACCUAAAGAUUGAAUAUGGGCGCUUUAACUUCUAGAGGGAACGAUCAUCCUACUUUGUCCCAAGUUUAAUUACUUUAAAACUAGUAGAUGAUGAUUCCCUCCAACUAUUCCAAUAAUCAAAUGAACAUGAAUACUCAGAUUAAGCAGAGCUAAAAUGAAAAGAUCAAGUCCUACUCACGUAAGCUUGCUAAACUUGUAUCAUCUGGUGUCAGUGGUGGUGGUGGAGGAUCAGCUUCAAAUUCAAGAACACCGAAUGCAAAGAAAAAACUCAAGCCCACAUCAUUAGGUAUGGCGAAUCCAAUGACUCAGUCAAUUAAUAAUCCUUCUAUAAUGAUGAAAACUGUAAGAAGUGGAUAAAACACAAGUAGAGGACACCAGGGAAUUACACCUACAAUGCUCGCUACUAGUGCAAUAUAUAACAAUGCAUCUCAAGGACUCUCAUCAGCAAGAUCGAAUAACCAAAUUUAACCGGUCAAUAAAGGUUAGAGUAAUACUACCUUCGAUUUGGAUGAGCAUAUUAAGAAUGUCAUUAAGAGUGUUGAGAGAAGGACUAAGUAAAAUCCAUAUAAUUAAAGCGUUAACUCAGGAGCAGGAAUAUCAUCUUCAUAUUUACAAACAAAUCUAUCUCAACUGCUUGGUGGGACUUAAGUCGUUUCAUCUGGGUAGAAUGUCGGAGGAAAUGGCUCUAAAACUGCUAGAAAUCAAAUAGUUACUUAGCUCUAAGUAUAUUCUCCUGAUAACCACACUUAGAGUUUAUCUAAGUCUCCCACUAAUAGGAAUAUGAAUUUCUAGAAUCCAGCCAUCUUCACUCAAGCAGCUCAGAAUUCAAACAAGAGUACAAUUUUUUCAAAUUUCUCCAAUAAUACUUAUUACAUUGGACAAAAGAAAAAUUCUCAAUAGAGUCAUUCUCUAGGUAAGAAAGGUAGCUAUUAAGGAGCUGUUCUAAACAGCUAGAGUACUAUAUUAGUUCCUAAGAACUAAAAUCCAAAUGUAAGUGGAUCUCUAUCCAGAAAGAGAGGUUCAACCAAAAGGGAUAAUAUUGCUGUUCUUGCCCAGUAACAACCCAAUCAAUCCAGAAAUCAAGAAAGUGAAAUUUUUUCAGCUACACAAAGAUCAAUAAGAGGCUAUGAUGAUGCCAUUUCAAUCCGAAAGAAGAGAGCAUCUAUAGGAUCAAUUAAUCAAAAUCAAGCGAUUCCAUCACAUGCUGCGAUAUAAUAUUCUAAAAAGAGUAAUGUUGGAGGUGGUUCAAAAACCUCUAGAGUGAACACGAGUUAGUACAACAGAUAGGUAAACUAAUCUCAGUAAAUUGGAACUUCAAAUAGUGCAGCUAAAAAACAAUAAAAUUGGUUUAGUCCUCCAUCAUCUUCUCAUAUCAACAAUAAGAUUAAUAUGAGUUCAUCUACAAAUGCUUUUGUUUAGCAAAAUGUACUCUCGACAAUCGAUAACAACUCAUCAACUGCUAUGAUUGAUAAAACUCAAAGAACAUCUUAAUUUGUAUCACCAAGAUCAUUCUUGAAUAAAAGUGGCGGAAAUCAAGCAUAAAUGCUGUCUAGCUAAAUUCUCAACACUGGAAGUCAGAAUCAAAGGCACUCUAUCGGAGAUAGAAAUCCACUUCUAAUAGCUUCUUAUGAUCUUGAUGAGAAUUAUAAUAAUCACAUGUCCUAACUUGAUUGGCAGAAACUCUAAAGAUUAUCUCAGAUGAGGAUAUUCUAAAAUUUCACAACUAUUAGAUUCUUUAGACUAUGGAAAAAUUAAUGCUAGAAAUCGCUUUAUAAUCAGAAAAGAUUAAUGCUGAGUGAAAACUUAAUCUAAGCGAAGAGCUAAACAUUUGGAGAAUAUCAUAGAAUGAUCAUGGCUCAACUAAAUCAAAUAAAGCACUUAAGUUUUGUAGAAAGUUCAGUUAGUGAUAAUGUCAAAUUAGCUGCAGAUUUAAAAGGCAAAGAUUCAAAAGCACAGUCUAAAGUUAACGUUUUUAAUGAUUCAGUUUAAACAAUCCGAGUGAGUUUAGAAAAGCUUCAAACUUACAUUAUUAAAUCAAACCAAGAAUUUGAAAGAAGAAUUAAAGAGAGUGGAAGUACUGGAAGAAAAAGCUAAAACUAAGGUUAAGAUAAGAAAGGUGAUCCGAGGACACUAGAUAAGAAUAACUUGAAGGUGAUAUAGUAGAGGUAAAGCAACUUUGACAGAUUUUUACAGCUGUCCUUAGUAGCACUCUCAUCUUCUAUAACUACAAUGCUUUCUAAGAACAAAUCCUUUACAGGGCAAAAAAUAAGACUAAGUGUUAAGUUCUAAAUUAAUGGUCAGACUAAUCAAAUUGGACAAGACCCAAAACUCCAAAUGUAUGCGACUCACAGUGAGUACUACUUAAUAACUUAACCAUCUUUUAAGUCACUAAAUGAAACAGUUAAAUUAUCGAUUCAAGAGAGUGAUUAGCUUGUUUAUAACAACAGAAAACUAAUUGAAGCACUAAAUAAGAUAGUUGGUCUCUUCCUGCUUAAAUAGAGUGGCACUCUAGGAAAAUGGGAUAUAAGUAGCUUUUAUCAAAAGAUAGAUAAUAUGAUGAAGUAAACAGAGUCAAAUCUCAGCAAGGACCAGAUCCUUGAACUAAUUUCUAGAGACAUCGAAGAAGCUGAAGGAGUUAUAAGAAGAAUGGAUGACCUUAAACAAAUUAUCCAAUUCGAAGAAAGAUGGCAAGGGUCACUACAAAAUAAUUAGACAGGAGAUGCAUUCAUCACUGAUAUUGAGUCUAACAGAGAAACAUGGAACCUAAUGGAGAGAUUCCAAGAAUUGAUUCAAUAAAUUCCCACUUAGCCUUUAAUGUUGAGAUAUCUCACUCUAGAUUUCAGAACUCUUUAUGAUUAACUUCAAAAGAUACCAAAGCGAGUCAUAUAGCAUAUUGAGAGAAAAGUAGCAUCAAGUCUUGAAACUGAUACUAUCGCACUUAAAUAAGACUUGAGUAAAGCUUAUGAGAUUCUUGAAUAGAGUCCUUCAUCAUUAAACGUUUAUGUAGAGCAAGUCAACACACUUAAGUUUAUAAAGGAAACUAUGGGAGAAUUGAGCAACAGACAUGAUACAAUUAAGAAGCUCUCAUUACUUUGUAAAACAGACAAUAGAAUAAAUAUCAAGGACUCAGUUCAGAUUACAGUGCAAGAAUUAGAAACUUACAUUGAGAAUCUACCAAUGCUAGUUAGACACUGCACUGAAAAACUCGAACUCUCAAAACCUUAAAUGGAAGCUUAAAUGAGAUAAAGCUGCCAAAGCUUAACAAACAAGAUCACUGCCUUCUAGAAGAAGUACGUUGAUCACUAUAUUGAUGACCCUUCAAAGUUAAAUGAAACAAGUCAGACUCUAAAUGAGUUGAAGUACAGAUAGAAAAUGAUUGAUGAGAUAAAGUCUAAAGUUGAGUUGUACCAAGAAUGCAUCAACAUUAUGAACAUGAAGGAUCAAUUCCAGAAAGCCACUGAGAUCACCUGUUUCGAAGACUAUUCUCAACUCGAGCAAUUACAUAAAUACACCCUUAAGUUAUGGACAAUUUUAGAUGAGUGGAGAUCUCAAAGAACAGCAUUACUACAAAAGCCAUUUUUAAAACUGAACUUCUUAGAUAUCACAAACCUAUUAGAGGAUUCAAUGUCGUUCUUUGAGUAGAAAAUGACUGAAGACUAGUUAUUCAGACAAAGGCUUACCAAUCUCUCUCAAACUAUUUAAAAGGAAAUGAGUGAACUCCAGUUGAUAAUCUACUUGGUUAAGGAUUUAAAGAAGGAAUGCAUUAAGAAGAAGCACUGGAACAUGAUCUUCAAUGAGCUAGGCAUUUAGAAUUUGAUAGGGAAAGAAGAUUUUACCUUAUAAGAGCUACAAUCUAAGGGCAAGAUCUACAGCUAUGAAGGUGAGAUCAGAGAAAUAGUGAGAAUAGCUGAGUAAGAACAAGACUAUGAUGACCAGUACUUGAUAAUUAGAGGACAGAUGGAAGAUAAGUUGAGGUUCAAAUUUGUAGAGUACAAAAAUCCAAACUAACCAGCAGAAGAAAAAAUAUACUUAAUCUCUGAAUUCGACAUUGUAUAAUCUUAACUUGAAGAAUUUAUGGUAGUUCUCAAGAAAGGCCAGAAAUCUCCUAUGCUUCUUGAUAUAGAUAUGAAGGAUAACUUUAUUGAGUAGUUCACAAUUAUUGAGAAUAUGGUUGGAGUUAUUGAAAAGAUAAACGAUGCUUAAAAGAUGAUCUUAACUUUGGAUGCUAUAUUCAGUUAGACUAAGAUUCAAAACACUCUAGUUGCUGAUCACAAGAAAUUCUUAGAAAUUAAGAAGUUAUUCAAAAACAGUGUGACUGGCAAGAUUUAUGUAAAUCCAACUCUCAAGAAUUUCCAAUCUUUAUGCUCAAGCAUUCAAGAGACUCUGGACAAGAUUACAUCAGCAGGAACAUUAAUUCAGAAAAGUCUAGAAGAUUAUCUUGAGGCAAAAAGACUUGCAUUCCCCAGAUUCUUCUUUAUGACUGAUAAGCAGUUCCUUGAAUUCAUUGAACUUGCUGAGUAAAACUUAGAUUUUAACAGAUUUAUCAACAUUCUAUUCCCAGGUGUGUCAAAAGUAUUUCUUGAUCAGCCACUAUAGUAAGUUACUAACUAAGAAGGACCUUUUAGAGUUCCACCUCCAAUGGUGAAUGAUCUUAGUUAAAUCAAAUCAGAGAUGAUUGAUAUCAGUUCGAACCUACAAGCAAGUCAUUAGCAGUAUCAGAUGAAAGGUAACAAGAUGAUGAAUUAGAAAGAAGCAAUGAAUAAUAAAGGUUUGAAGACAGGUAUCAUUGAGCUAGAUAACUUAGACAAGCUUGAUUCAUAGUACAACUCUAAAAGAUCAAAGCCAAAUGAAUAUAACAAGCCUCAACAAGUAAUGGGAUUAAUUUCAUCUUUGAAUGAGCUAUUUCUAUUUGAGAGAAAAGUUCCCUAUCAACAAAACAAAGUAGAAUGCUGGCUACAAGGAGCAGAAUCAAAUAUGCAAGAUACUGUAGGCAAAUUGAUCAAUUAUGCAGUGAAUACAUUCCCAAAGCAAUCUCUUGAUGAAUGGAUAUUGGACUACCCACAGCAAGUCAUUUUAACUACUAUCCAUCUGAUUCUCACUCAUGAGAUAAACGAACUAUUUGAGGAGAUGAGAAAGGAAAAGGAGAAUGGAGAUGGCAUGAACAGGUAGAGUUCAGAUCAUGGUGGAGAUGACUCUGAGGAUGACUACACUGGAGCGACUCCUAAGACUCCAGAUACUAGAGAUCUUAUCAAGAAUUCAUAGAUUUCCCAUAGAAACAUUUCUUAGCACAUAUCUCAGAAAUCAAGCAUUAGAUUUAUGCGCAAGAAGGAUGAAGUAGGAGGAGGCAUGGGUGGCAACAACAAUGGAGUUGCCCCUAGAAAAGUAUCAACUCAUGAGUUUAACAAUAAAGGUAACCACAAUGGUAACAACCAGACUUCAUCAAAUUACUCCUCAACUCAUAAUCACUAAAAGAUCAAGAAUCAGCAGCAAUUCAGGUAAAAUCAAGUCUACACUGAAGAAGGUAUGCUUGGUUAGCAUGAACUAGGAGGAUAUCCAAAUAUGGAUGAUGAAGAGGACUUCACUGAAAGCGAACUAGAGGCACUAGAUAUCUCGAGGGAGAGAAAGAAGUUCGCUUCUAACAUGUUUGGAUCUGACUUCGACCUUAAUUUGGUGGCUGAUAACAAAGAUGAGACAAUGAGAAUACUGCAAGAGAAAUCAUUUAGAGGUCUUUAUCUCAGACUUCAGUUUUGGAUAAACUAAAUCUGCAAAAGUCUCUAUAUGUCUAAACCAUGCAACUAAGAUUGGAAGUCUUCUUUUGAAAAAGAUUUGAAUAACUUGAAUGCCCCUGACACUCCAAAUCUUCAACUAGAUCUCCAUCCAGUUUAGAGACUAGUGAUGCAGACUAUCAUCAAUUUUCUAUCCUACAUGAGAGACGUAGUUUACGAGCUAAAGUCAAAGAAGAUAGAUAAUGUUGAGGACUUCGAGUGGUAGAAGUAAAUGAGACUUACUUGGAAUGGCAAGGAUUCUGGCUGUAAAGUUGACUGUGGAGCCUGGACUACUCAGCAAGCAAAUGAGUACUUCGGAGCUAAGCAGAGAGUGCCCUUGACUCCUCUCACCAAUAAAUACUUUGUUUUCAUCUCAGCUGCAUUCAGAGAGAAGUCAGCAGUUUUGUUCAGGUGCAUUCCAUCUCAUGAUUAUUGUGGAGACAUAUUCCAAGAAUUCUCAUCUAUCUGUUCAGUGCCCUUCAAAGAGUAUCAGUGUAACCCUAAACUUUCUAUGAAGAGUCUAAUGCAAUUCCUGAACGGAGCAGCUUUAGCUUCAGUAUGGAUCUUUUUCGAGCAUGUAGACAAACUGGACUACGUUCACCUCUAGACAUUCAAUAAGGAAAUUCAAAUGGUUCAACAACAAUUCAUCAUUGCUGAGCUCAGUUAGGACUCUUCAGUGAUCACAGCACAUAUCACAGUUGGUAAUCAGAGCAUUUCACAAUGUCAGAGAAGUAUUGAAAGAAUCAGAGAACAAGCAAGUCUAGAAAGUAAGCAAAACACCAAUGGUCACAAUAGCACUAAGAAUGCCAAUGUCAUAAAAAUGACUAACAUUGUGGGAGGUGGAAAUGACAUCAAAAUUGUAGAUGCAUAUAACUAUGAUGAUAACAACAGUCCCUCAAACUUUGAUGAUGAAGAUGAGGAUAACAGUAUCCACCAUAACAACAACUAAAACUAUGACAAUAAGAUCAAUAUCAUCUAGUAAGAUAAAUUAGCUAGACAAUCUAGCAGAAAAGAACUCUAAUAUCAAAAGCAAGGAUAGGACAAUCAAAGAUAAUCAGCUUAACAUAACUACCAGUCAAACCAGGUGCUUUAGAACUUAUCUUAACUUGACUUGGAUUAUGAUGAGUUCAAUCAAGAUCAUAAUUAGUUAGAGGAAGAUUAAUGUGAUGAAAUCAAACUUGAUGAUAAUUAGAAUAACACAUUAGGAGGAGGUUAAUCUAAACUAAACAACUAAAACAAAGUUUGCUUUGGUGUGUUCGCUUCAAUCUCUCACUGCUUUAAUCUAAAGAAGGAGAAAUGGGCAACUGAGGUUUCUACUGCCCUUUAGAGUGCUUUCAGGGUCCUUAGUCUGACUAGACCUGAGAUGCCUAUAAUUACAACAAUGCUAUUAAAGAGCGAGGGUUUCCGUGAGUACAGAAGUUUGUCAGUCAAACUAAAUGAUGCCAUAAUGAGAGUAGCUGAUUUUCUUCAACUAAAUGAUAGAGAUGAUUCAUUCUCACUCAGUGUAAGAGACCUUAAGAGGUUAUCCAAAUGUGCCAGUUGCCUUCUUGAGGAGUAAAUCAUCAGCAAAAGUGAAUAGCAGAAUCUUUUUGCCAAAUCAAAGCAAAAGAAGAAUAAGCUGAUGACUUAUCCUUAAGAGAGAAGAAGUAAACAAACCAUUCUCAGAGAAAUUGAAGAGGAAGAUGAAAGAGAAAAGCAGCAAAAGGUUAUCAGACAGCAUAUGGAAGAAAUAAUUAUCUGCCAUGUGCUUGGUCUAUUCUUGCAAGAAAAACUACAAGCAUUCUAUGCUAGCCUGAAGGUUAAUGAGGAAAAGAGCAAAAAAGAAAUAAGAUCAAUUAUUUCUAGCAUUUUUGGCAAAAAUGCUCUUAAAGAAGCUGAUUAGCUUUAUUCAGCACAAGGUUAAGAUGCCAGCAAACUAACUUAAAAAGAUGCUGUCAUUCUUCAAACAAUUAAGAAUAGAGGUUUGAAUAUUCCAAAUGAUGAAAUUUCAAAGGUUAAACUCUUUAGAAAGACCAUCUUCCAGAAAAAGCCAGUUUGCAUUGUGGGCAAGAAUUUCUCAGGCAAGUCAGAGUACACUAAACUAAUUGUCAAGGACUUACUCAAACUUAACCCAGUCUAUUUCAGUCCAACUGUAAUUGGAACCCAUAGAGAGAUAUAUGGUAUUUAUGAUCCUUUCAGCACUACUCAGCAAGUUAUUGAAUAGCAAGUAGGUGCACUAAAGCAUUCAUUAUUUUCAGUCUUAAAGAAUGAGAUUCAGAAGCCCAAUUAAGUAUUAGUUGUUGAUGGAGAGUUCGAUACAAUGUUCAAUGAGACUCUUAUUCCUUACCUAGAGUAUUAAACCUUUAAAGAGUAAUAAACAUCUGAGACUCAUAAUGGUGAGUCUAUUACAUUGGUGCUUCCUAAUGGUAUUCAAGAAACUCUAAGGAAGGAUAUUCCCAUCAUCUAUGAAAUGAGAGAUCUUGAACGAGUCUCACCAAGAUUUGUUAAUGCAGUUUAAAUCAUUAAUACCAGAGAGAUAGUUGAUCUGAAAGAGUAUGCAUCUAAGAUGAAAUCGGUAAUUACUAAGAAGAUCCUGAAUAAAUUCAAAUCCAAUCAGAAAUAGGUUGAGGAGAAUGUAGCUUAUUCAGUUGAUGAAAUUCUAUUACCAGCUCUCAAUGAACUUAGAAAAGCUAAAUAUCUGGAGAAGAUUAGGCUUAAGAUAGCCUAGGGAGUCUAGUAUUGCAUCAGAACAUACUCUGCUAUUAUAAAUGAACUUAAAUCCAUUGGCAAUAUAGAACAAACUUUAAUUAAAGCUUCAUUAAUGACGAUACUUAUGGCAAUUGGAAAUAUCUUAGGAAUCGAUGGGAAGAAUGCCCUUGAAGAAGUAUUCAGUGGAAUGAAAUCACAACUUGGCAUAAGAGGCUCUAUUUUCAAUUAUUGCCUUGACUACGAUACUUUAGAUAUUAUUGAGUUAAGACAAAACAGCAUUGAAAAUGAUAUUAUUCUCAACUCUUAACUUUUAAGAGCUUCUAAUUAUGCAAGAUUAAUGCUUAAGAAUGGAAAAGACUUCCAGAUAAGCGGCCAGCAUGGCUCAUAAAAGUCCACCACUAUCAGAUACAUAAUGAAGUCUUAUCAGAAUGACAUUGCGUCUAAAGUUAUCAAAGUCCCAAUUACAUGUUUCAUUUCUUAAAAGUCAGUAAGAUCUAUCCUCAAUACAAGAUCGAGUUUGUCUGUCUCAGGUCAAUAGAUAAUUGAUGACAAACCUACAUUACUUAUAUUAGAAGAUAUUAAUGUCCUAGAACAUUCAUUCAACUUCGACCUCAUUGAAUAUCUUAGACUGGUCAAGUAGAAUGAAUUCGGCAUUUUUCAUACUGAUCAUCCAACAUUAGUAAGACAAACCUAGAAGUUUAUUAGCUUGAUAACUUCGUCACCAAUUGAAAAAUAUGACAAUCAAAAAUCGCAGGCUAAUGUAUUCAACUGUGAUACUUAAUCUCAAGAAUUCGAUAUUUUUGUGAAACAAUUCAUCUCGAGAAAGCUUUAAGUUUAGGCCUCUCUGUAGACUCAACUUUCAAAUAUCAUAUACAGAACAUAUUAGUUCUUAGGUAGCAAUAAGAAUCUUAGUGUUUCAAGCAUUCUAGGACUUAAUAAUAUGCAUUUAAUAACAUCCCUGAUCCAAAGAAUUAACUCUAAUAACAUCAAAGAGUAAAGUGUAGUUGAUGUUUUCUUGCUCGAAGUUAAAAGAAACAUUACUGAUAGAAUCAUAUUCCCAAGCAUGAAAACUUAAGUUUAUGAUAAUAUCAUUAAAUCUAUAAAAGAAGAGCUUCCAUCUAAUUCCACAACUUACCAUCCGCUAACGAUUGACAAUUUGACUUUGAUGUAAAAUGGACAAAAGACUAUUUGUGAAAUCAAUGAGUUGAGAGAUUUCUUUGGCAGCUUUACAAAGCCAAUGAUAAAAGUACUAGCUAAUCUAUAUUCUAACAUUAAGAGACCAAACCAGCAUUUCGCUUUUAUCUCAUGCCCAGGUAGCAGACUGUCUGAUGCAGCAUUAAAUAUCAUCAAUGAGAAACUUAAGUUCAGCAUUUGGUAACCAGAUGUCUCUAAAUUUAGAGACUCUCACACUUUUGUAGAUCAAAUAAACAAUGUGCUUUUCAAUUCACUCAAAGGUUAAAAGAGAUAAAUCAUUUUAUUGGAAGAUAAUUACCUUAAUGAUCUGAGUUACAUUGAUUACAUAGUCAAUUUGGUGGCCUCUAUCAAGGAAGGAACUCAGAACUCAUCCUUAUCCUACUUCAACUCUCUUGAUAUAGUUCUUGAGAGAAAUCUUAGACAAACUCUAAUUGAAUGUGCUAGAGAGUUGUACAACUAAUAGAUCUCUCAUAGUCCCCACUCAGGAAUAAGCAGUCCAGCAUCACCAUCAAGCUUAACAGCAUCCAUAACUGAUUCAUAGCUGCUAAUGAAUGCUCUCACCAAAAUCAGCCAGAAUGUUCAUGUUAUCAUUUCCAUUCAAAAUUUACAAAACUAUCAAACAUAUACAUCUUCCUACCCAUAACUUGAACAUCUAUUCCAAGUAGCUUAUGUCCCAGAAGAACAUCAAUCCUUAGAAAGUGUUUACUCUGAUAUCUAACAAUGGAUUCAUGACUAUUCUCUUGACUAAGUUUACCAAUCUACUUUCAUUACAUUACAAAAGAAGCAUCAGUUUACUUUUAAUAAUGAAUACAAUGGCUUCUAUAUCCCAGAAUAAAAACUCAAUAUUCUUUAUAAGGAUCCACUGUUCGAUGACAUCAACAAUUUGAAGGUAAAUUCAGAACUCAAUCUUACUAUCCCUUCGGAUUUCACAUAGUGUAGCUACAGAUUUGAGACAUUUAAACAACUUCAUUAGACAAUCAAGGAUACUCUGUAUAAGUCUCUUGCUUCACAGAAAUAAUUCUAUUAGCAGUAUUAUGAGUAAUACGAAUAACUUUAAGCAGACUAUAUGAAGAAAAUUCUCACUAAAGAUCAAUCUUCUGUGACAAAGAAUCACGUUUUGAUUUUCAACUUAAUCUCAAUCUAAGAGAAGAUUGAGAUGAUCUAGGCUUAAAUUAAGCAUAAGGAAUAAUCAAUCAAACAGAAGGAAAAAGAAAAGAUUGAGCAGGGCAACUAACUUGAGAAGCUAAAGGAUGAUUUACAAAUCAAUAAAACUUAGGCUGAGGCAAAUGUGAUUUAAUAUGUCUUGAGAUUGAAGCAAUUAAAUAACUAAGAAUUCAAAAACCUCUCUCAAGCUUUAGUUUCAGGUCAGCUAAGUGACAGUGACACGGAAAUUAUUCAAGCACUUCAAGCUGUGCUCUCAUCCAAGAAGAGUGUCAAUAACUAUCUAUAGAGUCCCAACGAUCUAAUUUCAAGACUAAAAACUGUAACAUCAUAAGGUAUAUAAGAUGUAAUAGUAACUAAAUUUACUAAGCAGGUAACGAAAAAGUUCCUUUAAAACGAGUAGGAUAAAAGUCUGAUUGGGGUCAUCACCAAAAUCAUCAAUGAGCUAUUCAAGAAAUCUUCUCUUGAUAAGAAAUAUUAGUAAUACGAUAAUAGGAUCAAACAACUCAAGGACUUAAUCUCUUACAAUCAAACUAUCGCUCAGCUUUAUCACACUCAACUAACUGAUAUCAAGGAAGAGCUUGAAGACCUACUUGGUAAAGAAAAGAACUUAAGUCAAAUAAUAAAGCAGAACCAGGAUAGUCAAUUCUAAGGGUCAUCCUCACAAAAAAUGAUGAACAAUAGAACAGACAUUAGAGACAUCCUGAAGCGAUACGAUAUGAAGGAAAUGAAAAAUCUAAGAAAUGACUAUAAACUAAAAUCUCUGCUAAAGUAAGGGAAAAAGAGUGAAGCCAAACUUGAUAAAGUCAAGAUUAGAAUGAAGAACUUAGAAGGAGAUUCUCUAAUUUUAGCUUGCUCAGUUGUAUACUUGGGAGCACUGUCAAUCGGAGAGAGAAUGGAAAUUAGAAAGCAACUUGCUGAGAAGCUUUUGCAGUAAAGAAAUGUAGAGUCAAGUGAAUACUGGCAAAACACACAGUCAGAGCAAGUCCAUAGCAAGUACUUCAAAAAGAUAAUUCAAAAUGACUUGGGCUUGAAAUCUCACAUCUUUAACAAAAUAAGUCACUUGUUUGUCGACUCUUUAUUCUCAGAAUUCUUGUUCACGUACAUCUACUGCCCCACAACUCCGAUCAUCUAUGACUCUGUUGGAAACUAUCAACAAGAGUUUACUGAAUAGGUCCUUGACGAGAUGAACAGAUUUAAGGUCAAAGUUAAAUUCAGUUCAGACUAUAUGAUCCAAGAAAAGAUUAUAAAUACUCUAGAGAUUAAUGACACUAAGCAAGGUUAACUCAUUUUCUUGAAUGACUUAUGUGACUAUUCAAAGCAUAUCCAAGGCAAAUCCUAGGAUCAACCAAUUUUGCACAGACUAUCUCAGCCAUAAUACUUCAAGAAAAUCCCAUUGAUGAUUAAAGAGAAUCCUAGUCUUUGUUUACCAGCAAUUACUCUAUUCUCAGCAAAUCAAUGCUUCAAUCUGAAUCAUGAUUACCUAGCGAAAGCAACAAUCUUUAACGCUACUUAUGUAAAUAAGAAUGAGGCUUGGAUCGAAAUUAAGCAGAUUUUACUUAAGCAUUUCCUUCCAGACAAUUACCAAAAACUAACAUUGAUAAAGUAGUAGACUUAAAUGCUGAGAUUAAAACUUCUUGAAAGAUAAAAAGCCUUUGACCAGCUUUUUAUGAAGAUUAAGAGAUAGAAUGUUGAAGAGAAAGAUCAUAAGUAACUUGAAGAUAUCAGACUCUGCUUUAUUGACAUCAAACAGUUAGAAGAAGAUUAUCAGCAGUAUAACUAGGCUUUCCAUAGUCUCAUUAAUGAGCAUCCUCUACUAGCAAGCUAUAGCAACAUUUUCGUGAUUUUGUAUUACGCCUUAAAGGAGCUCUCAAAAUUCACAGAAGAAAUAACUUAUUCUUGGAAAAUUUACACCAAAGUUAUUGACAUGAUUAUUGCCAAGAUCAUUAGAGACCUGACCAUGAACCUUAAAAACAAAGAAAACGAGGACAGCUUUGAGGGAGAGGAUGGCCAAGACGGGCAAAACAGUGAGAAUGAUAUCUAGAGAUAGGAAAGGAAAAAGAAGAAGUAAAAGGAUAAGGAAUUCACAAUUGAUGAAGAGUUUUUCCAUUCAGUUAUUAUGCCAAGUAUUUAUUCGACUAUUGUUGCUGGUAUCAAGCAAGAGCAUGUCUCGUUAUUCAAUCUGAUAUUCAGUUUAGAGAUAGCCCUUAAGAAAACCACUGUGAACUAAGAAGAUAAAGACUUCUUUGUAGAGAAGUUCUUCAAGAUUAAGAAUUGCUAUGACUGGAGACUUAACCCUCACAAGCCAUCAACUAUUCCAAGUGGAUUCGCUGAGCCUCAUCAAAGAAUAAAGCAGUUGGAAUAUAUGGGUAUAAAGAGAGAUGUGCUAAAGAUCUAUCCAGACCUAAGAAAGCUUUUUGAAACUAUUGAGAUAAAAAUUGGAAAAGAGUUCACAUAUAAAGAAGCAAAUAGUCUACUCUAUCAAAAGUUAUUCAAAACAAACAACGAAGGCUAAUAAUGGAAAGACAUUCCACUAAUCAAGAAGCUUAAUGUAGGAUUUAUCUGCCCUGAUGAUGAAUGGCGAUCUAAGAUAUGCCAGUUUGUGUAUGAGGAAUUAACCACAAUCUUUGAUUUCACUGAAGACCUCAACAAGCUUCAUAAUUUUAUCAAGACCGCAUCUUGGAGUUUACCAGUUGCCCUAUUUACCUCUAACUCAAUUAAUAUCGUGAACACUGUAUGUUCCAUUGCUAGUUACUAUGGAGUUGGCCUUGAGGUUCUGAGAACUGAUUACUAAUAGAGUAUCAAGAAGCAUGAGAGAUAUUACUAAAAUAAGGAGGUAAAUGACAACUUAAAGUCAUCUUAAGUUGAAGCUGACCCUGAAAAACCACUCAGCAAUGAAGCUGCCUGCAUUCACUAUGACCAAAUAGAUCCCACAAAAGAAGAUAGAGUUAUGAUGCAGAAGAGUAACUAUUAGAGAAUGUUUUCAAAAGAUGAACUCGAGAUUGAUGAUAAACAGAUCACUUAGAAUCAGUCAUCAAUCUAACUAAUUGAAAAAUGUGCUGAAAACGGAACUUGGGUACUAAUUUCUACCCUGAAAUUCCCAUCAUUUUGGUAUAAAAUUUCAAGGAAGCUAGAAAAGAUGUCAAAGAAAGGAAAAGUUCUAAACACAUUUAGACUGUUCUUUGAUCUUCAAGGCUACUCUCUGUAAGAAAUCCCUGAGAGCUUCUUGUUCAAUCACUCAGUGAAAUUCUACUUGACUGAGAAGAAUAAUGAAGAUAUGGAAGGUUUCAAUGAUGUCUGGGCUAAUAUUCUUAACGAUGACUUGCUUAACGCAAAGGAUCUUCAUAACGUUCCAGUUCUAGAGCCACCAUCAGAUUUAGUUAAGAUUAACCUGAAUCUUGAGUCAAACAUUAUUGAAUCUUCAAUGGAGAGCUUAGUGCCACAUAUUUAAACAGGAACCUCAAAAGACUAUAUGAAUCCGAAUGGAGGCAAAAAGACUGUUAAGGAUGACAAGAUCACUUAUUCAAUGAGUUAAUAUCAGUCUAAAGAUACAAUCAUUUUGCCUUAAAUCUUUACUCAGGAACAUAUGAGAGAUAUUAUGACUGGCGGUAAUGAUCUCAAGAGUCCAUCAAACAAAAAUAAAAUACCAAAUAAACUGCAUAGACAAGGUCUUGAGGAUGAGAUUUCUGAAAUAUCGAUAGGAAAUAGAUUCAUUAGCAGUGGUCUAAUGUCAGGCGGUUAAAGUUUACUGAUGGAAGACAUGUCUCGAGUUGAAGGAGCAUUCCUAAGUGAACUCAACCAAGCAUUCGCUAGAAAAAUGAGUUCAGUCAACAAAGAUGAGGAGGAGAAGAACCAGUAGAAUUACUAGAACUAGUAGAAUUAGCAGCAAUAGAGAUAUGAGAUGGUCAAAAAGCCUGCGCCGAAUCAUAAGAGAUAACAGCCACCUUAAAAACAUUGA